AUGAAUCUAUUUAUUGAUGAAGUCAUUCUAGUCAAUUCAGAAGAAGUCGUAAAUGGUAGGAAUAAGGUUGAAAAGAAAGAUGUUGAUAUUGAUUUUACUUCUGAAAUAGAGGGGAUACCCGAUCCAACUGAUAUCCGACAACUUGUUAUAAAAGAAGUUGAAAAAUAUUUAAAUGCGGGAUUUGUUGAUAAAAAAUCAUUUUUCAAUCCACUGGAAUGGUGGAAAGAACACAGUUGUGAUUAUCCUCUUAUUAGCAGACUUGUACCAAAAUAUUUGUGUUUGCUUGCAUCUUCUUUAUCUUCAGAGCGAUUGUUUUCAGAAUGUUUUUUAGUACAUACUCCACGUCGUUCAACAUUAACACCAAUUCAUUUGGAACAACUCGUUUUUCUCCAUGAGUAUGGAAAAAACAAUAUGAUAUCAUCAUUGCUAUGA